AUGAGACAGCAGGUAUUAGUUUUUGCCGCUUCCUUCUCAGCUUCUUUCUCCCGCCGUCAAUUCCUCGUCGCAGUCGCCUCAGGACACAUACAGCCGCAGUGUGGUCCUGCAGGAAAACACGAGAAGACACGGAAGCGAAGAGAAGAAAGGGAGGAAACAGAAGCAGAAUUGAGUUUGCGAUGGGUUGGGAGUUUAUUUCGACAGCGGGCAACCCAGUACGGUACCAAUACGCCUGAGCUUUUACUGGGAUGGGGCCCAGAUCCCGCAAGAAGCGUCCCUGCAAACCGGAUUUUGCGCGGAAUGACAAGGAUUCAUUGA